UGGGCUACAGGGGAAUUAAUCUCAUAGAACUCUCGCCCGGACGCCAUCCAAAACAUCUCGUGAAAAGUUAUGCAGGAUUUGGCCUAUCUAGUUCAGUACCAGCCACAACAUAUGCGUUUGCGCUCAGAGUUUCGUUAGGAAAGUUCAAAUCCGUGCUAAUAUAUGUCGAUAAGACCGCCAGUUGCGACGUGAUUUGAGGCGUACGAGCAAUAGUCUACAUUCAGCUGACAGACGGUCCGAAACUUGAUCAAAGUUUCCAAGUAUUGGCCGUUCGGCUGUAAAUUUGCCAUAUUAAUGACAAAUGCUCUGAAGCAGAGAUUUAUCGAAGCUUGAAGCGCGUCAGGUCCGCUUUCGUCGGUGAAUGAUCGCGAAUGUAAGAUAAUAUUGGUUAUUAGUUAUUGAGUAGCCUAUGCUGCCAUGAGGGUGGUCUAGCGUGUUUCUUAGCCACUUUGCUUUGUGUUGUCGGCCCGUCCAGAUUUUUUGACGGUCAACGCUAUUCUGCAGGCUGGUGAAGAAACGGGGUGCAAUGUUAUACCGAUGCGGACGCUUUUCUCCUGGAUUGUUCAAAUGGAUUAUUUUUCCGUUGUGGUUGUCACUUAUUAGUAACUUCGAGGCAUUUGCAGAUGACCCCUUCAACGCUGAGUCCUGGCUACGGAAGUAUGGCUACUUGUCCCAGGCUAGCCAGCAGAUGUCCACCAUGCAGUCUGCACAAAUCCUCUUGAAUGCGGUCAGCGAAAUGCAGCGGUUUUAUGGCCUAGAGGUUACUGGAGUGAUGGACCAGGCUACCCUUGGUGCUAUGAAAAGGCCUCGAUGUGGUGUGCCAGACCGAUUUGUGCAGCCAGAUGAGGGAAGCACACGAAGAAAGCGCUUUGUACUCACUGGUCAAAAAUGGGAUAAGGAUAAAUUAACGUACAGUAUUCUGAACCACACACCCAAAAUUGGAGAGCAGAGGUCAUUUGACGCAAUUCGUAAGGCCUUUAAGGUUUGGGAAAGGGUGACACCUCUUACCUUUAACGAGAUCCCUCAUAAGGAUAUCAAAAAUGGCAGCCAAGGAGAGCCAGACAUAUUGGUGCUGUUUGCCUCAGGAUUCCAUGGCGAUAUGUCUCUGUUUGAUGGCGAGGGAGGGUCCCUUGCUCACGCCUUCUUCCCCGGGCCAGGGAUGGGUGGAGACACACACUUUGACCUGGAUGAGCCCUGGACACUUGACAACCAUAAUGAGCAAGGUGUUGAUCUUUUUCUGGUGGCCGUCCAUGAGCUCGGUCAUGCGCUUGGUCUGGAACACUCCAACGAUCCUUCAGCCAUCAUGGCUCCUUUCUAUCAGUGGAUGAAGACGGAUGAUUUUUCUCUCCACACGGAUGAUCUCAAUGGAAUUCAUGAAAUUUAUGGACAUCCCGUGCAUGAUCCAACCCAGGCCACCCCUACUCCAUCAUUUGACAUCAUCUCUACAGUUGCCAACCGCGUCACCCCGAAACCCAAACCAAGACCUACCAAACCUUGGGUCCCACCGGUAGCUCCGACCAGAAGGACCUAUCGACCACGGCCGACACAGCGCUCUGAUGGAGCUCCCCCCAAUAUUUGUGAUGGCAACUUUGACACAGUCACUUUGCUGCGAGGAGAGAUGUUUGUUUUUAAGGGUCGUUGGUUCUGGAGGGUGCGAAGGAACAAGGUUCUGGACAAUUACCCAAUGCUCAUUUCACUGUUUUGGAUGGGCCUGCCGGACAACAUAGAUGCUGCCUAUGAACGUCAUGAUGGGAAAUUUGUCUUUUUCAAAGGGAGUCGGUACUGGGUGUUUCGAGAGGCUGACUUGGAGCCAGGAUAUCCACAAGAGCUCAUUCACUAUGGCCAGGGCAUUCCCACAGACAGAAUAGAAACAGCCAUUUGGUGGGAGCCAGCAGGCCACACAUAUUUCUUCAGAGGGAAUCAAUAUUGGCGCUUCAAGGAAGAAACCCGUAAUGUAGAUGAAGGCUACCCUAAACCAGUGAGCGUAUGGAAUGGCAUUCCUGAUUCCAUCAAAGGAGCAUUUCUCAGUGAAGAUGGAGACUACACGUACUUCUACAAAGGCACGCAGUACUGGAAACUUGACAACACAAAGCUGCAGGUGGAGAAGGGACACCCCAAAUCUAUCGUCAGAGAUUUCAUGGGCUGCACGGUGGACUGGAGCCCAGAUGUGGACACUGAUUCUGAUCCAGAUGAGGGCCAAGGUGCCGAUGAAAAUCCUACCGUCAACGACGACUCAAGCCAUGAGGAUGGAAAGGAGGAGGAGGAUGAGGAGAAGGACAAGGAGAUCGAUGUGGUAGUGAAGGUCAAUGACAGGGAUGAUCAUGUGAUAACCCUAGUCCUGAUCACUGUGCCUUUGGUCCUGAUCCUGUGCAUCUUGGGGGUGAUCUAUGUCAUCAUUAGCACUCUCCAGAAUAAGGAGACGCCAAAACUUCUGGUCCACUGCAAACGAUCCCUGCAGGAGUGGGUGUGAUCUGCGUAGUCGAGCGGACGGAUCCGAACCUCUCUCAUCCUAACACACAGCACUGCACUCACCAACAUGCCUCACACUCAUGUCACUCCACACACUAAAACGUCCUCCCAUACACAGAAGAUUCGCAGAGGUCUGGAUCCCGCUCCUCCUCUGCCCAUGGUGCUUAACCCUUUCGUAGAUAUGGUUAAAGAGACUAUUUGCACUUUUAUGUACUCAAGUGUAUAUGUUCAGGGGUUGUUCGUGUUGUGGUCAUCUGCUCUCAUGGCAUACCUGUGUGUCCCUCCCCCACCGAGCUCAGACUCUUGCCUUGAACUGAACGAAUGUCACAUCUGUUAUGAUGAGCCUUACACCACUAUAUGUACCCAUAUGUCUUUAAACGUUGGUCAGCGUUAAUUCACUGAAGGCCAAACGUACAGGCGAAGAAUGUGUAGCUGCCUGCACAUCUUUAAGGGGCCUUUUCAGUUUCUGUCUGUGCAGAAACGCUGGCCUGGUUAAUGCAGCCCAGAUGUUGCUGAUUUAGGAGUUUGCAAGCUGGGGAUUUUUUGGACUGUCAGUAUUUCCUUCGUCUGUCUUUAACAGUCACUGCCAAGGAGGAAGGGGUUGAGGGGUGGGCGGUGCUCCCCUGGCACCCAGCCAGCUGACCUACAUUAGUGAGCCCCACCACUAUUUAUGGGCUCUCUCUCUCUCAGAGCUCGGCCUGAAAACUCUUUUUUUUCCUGUGAGAUUUUGGUUGAUUUCCCUUCCCCUCCUUUUUUCGCUGUAGGCGCACUCAGUGUGGAGUCAUUGUUUAGACAUUUGAUUCCCAGUUUGUGUGUGCCAUUGUUCAUGAUCUGUGGUGCUUUUAAGUGAUUUAAAAUGAAGGAAAGUGUAGAAUUAUGUACCUAAUUUUUUUAACUCUUGACAAUGUGCCACGCUUCCCUGCUGUUUACCAACAAUCUGAUGUUUAUCUAUGUUUUGCCUUUGCACCUUGUGUGGUGACUAUGCCUAAGUAUUUUUCCUGACGCUUGUCUGCUUGUUUGAAAUAACAACGUUUUGAAGAUUUUUUGAAAAUGUUAUACUUUAACAUUGUUUUCUUGUUGCUAAAAGAAUCAUGCAGGACAUGUAUGGCUUUUGCACAGAUACAUGUAACAAUUUGUUGCUUCGUAAUAAACACCGCUGUAAGA